AUGUGGGGUCUACUGGCCACAACGCUGGUGCGCAUGCUAUAUCACCUUGUCAUCGCCGUGAUAGCUAACAUUUUGUAUAAACCAGCCGAAUCCAGGGCGUCGAGAAUCCUUAAAGAAGAGAACCUCCUAAACGAGGCAAUCAUGGAAAGCAUCUCCCGACUCAUCGAGUUCCGACAAAUAAACGCCGAGGCCGAACACAAUGCUCUUCGAAGGAAACACGAAUGGAAGGAGACAAAGAUAAGGGUUCUCAACGAAUGGAUCAAACGGCUAGAGGACACACUCAGGAAAGAAGGGAUACCACUUCCAGAAUACCCUAGUGCAAGCGGUGCCGCCUGCUGGGCCCCGCCGUCGUAG